AAAGAGACAAAGGAAGUGAGUGCGAGAGAGGAGCCGGCUUGCAUCUGAACUAUCUCUGGUGAGCAGCCCCCAGCCUGGCCCAGGGCAUGCCCCAGUUCACUUUUGCCUGCUUCUGUGGCCUCCACGGCUUCUGCAAGAUGAAGAGGAAGAAGGAGGAAGUUCACAGAGAACGGGAAACAGCAGUGUGA